CAGGGUGCGAGACCAUUCCGAGUUCAUUCCCUUUUCGUGCACGGUGACAACAACACGCGUCAACUUAAGAAAGAGGAAAAGAAAAGAACAAUGCCGAAACGUAGUGCUGAAGAUCAAAUAUCACAUUACGAACGUAAGAUUAGAAAAUUAAGAGAACGCGAAAUCGGACGACGUCGCCGUAUUCGCAUCAUAUCUGAUUCUUCGGAUGACGAAGAUACUGAAUGUUUGGAGCAAAGCCUUGCGCCACAAAACAAUGAGCCUGAGCCCGUCGUGGAGCCCGAGCUCGCGCCCGAUCCCGAUCCUGACCCUUUACCGGAUACAAGAGGCGAAUCAGGCGAUCCACAGUUGGACCCUGAUAUUUUAGAAGCCCUCGGUGAGUCAACCAGUGACAUCUCAGAGUUUGGAGAAAAAAUCCACGAAAGUUUGGCUAAAUUAUGGCUUCCGCUUUUGGUUAAGGGCUUGCCUAGAGAUAAGAAAGAUAAUUUAUUAAAAGAUUACCUCAUACCCGACAAUUGUAGGUUAUUACAAGCACCUAAGCUAAAUGCCGAAAUAUCUGCAGCCGUAGCGGACUCUGUUAGGAACAGAGACAAGAUCCUAGUUGCCCAUCAGCAACAAUUAGGAUCGGGCAUAACUGCCGCCAACCGAGCGUUAAACAUUCUUUUAAGCGGCGAAGACAAGAAAGCUUCCAUAAAUCAUUUAAGUAAUGCCUGUCGCAUACUUUCGGAUUUACAUGCAACAAACACGAAUAGUCGCAUUAAACUCAUAACACCAAACCUAGAUAAGAAUUUUAUCCACAUCAUUCAAGAUUCAGUACGAGACGAAACUCUGUUUGGUAACAAUCUUUCUGAUAAGAUCAAGGCUGCCAAAGCAAUAGAACGUCAGGGUCUGCAAAUUAAAAAAUCUAUUUCGAGAUCUUCCGGACCUCAAACCACAAGCAACCGCUCUUCAAACUCGGGAAACUGGUCCGGCCCGCCCCGGUAUUCGUCGAUUCGCGGCAACCGAGGCGGGAAGAAAGCAAUAUCACAGAACCGCCGCGUAUACCCGAGCUCGACGCAACAGCAGUCAGCGUCGAAACCUGCAGCAGCGAUCAGGCCUCGUGCCCCGGCACCGCAGUAACUCAGAGAACACCAUCCUCUACACGCCAGCCUUACCCUGGGUGUCGCGAGGCUCUCCGGCAAGCUUUCUCCGAAAGAU